UUUAAAACAAUCUAUUCAAUGAAAAAAUAUACCGUAAACUUAUUAUGUUUUAAAAAUUGAUAGACACAUGUAUUAUAAUAUAUACCAAUUUAAAAUUAAAAACAAUAUAUUUAUAUAAAAAUAAAUGAAAACAAAAAUCCGCGCGGUUGCGCGGAUCGAGAUCUAGUUAAGAAUUAAAUUAAAAGUAUAAAAUCCAACCGAAACACAUUGUAACAAGCUUGAGAAUUAUAACUGAAAUGAAAUAGUUAUGGCUAUAUUUCAUAUAUAUAGCUUUAGUAACCAAACUAACUUACUCAGGUCGAAACCCAAGAUAAAAUAGACAAAAACCCCGAAAAUCUUCAUCUACUAAGUAAUAACAAUACACACAUAUGCUAAACAAUUAUCUGAUUUGUGAUUUGAUAUAAUAUUGGCAGAUGUCAAAAAAGAAAGAAAAAGAAAUGAUAGAAUAUCGGCGCAUUAUAUAUACCAAAAAGAAAAUGUGAACAUGGUGCCGUUGGUCGUAGAAUGGGCGAUAUUGUUUGUUUGACCGUAUAUGUGUAAGUUCAACUCCAAACUUUGAAGUUUGGCAAGUUACUCGGUCCUCCCAUUCAGAAAAUGUAAGCCAAAUAUUAAAUGUUGAAGUUGAACUACUAAAUCACGAGUGUGUAAAUAGCUUGAUCAACUGAAUUAAGUGACCGUAUGAACACGUGAAGCCUGGUUAUUCAAUGUUUUUUUGGUUGCAUGUGAGACUCCUUCCGAGACUUGAGCUAAGUGGGCCUUAUCUACUGCACCGUACAGCUAACCUUCCCAUAUCCGGUUUGGUCGGCCAUUCGGCCAUGCUUUUCUGACCACGCGUCAUUCACAUCUUAAUCCAUACAAAAUUGGUUCUAUCGUUCUUGAUCUCAGUGCAUUGCAUGACACGACCACUGUAUUCACUGAUAUAAAUAUGGACAAUCAAAGAGAUUAGGUUAUGGAAAAUAAAAUUAAUUAGAUAGGGCUUAUUAGGAGGCAUACUGUAGUUUUAGUCACGAUUAGAAAAAUAUUAAAUUAAUGUUCAAAAACAAAAAAAUUAAAUGUCCUUUUACUAUGCGUGGCAAGAAUCUACUAACGGACAGACAAACUGACCAAGCUAGGGGACCUACGUGUCAGCUACCGGUUUUUUGACAGUUGAACCGUAACCGGAAUAGUAAAUUCCGAAUUUAAUCAUCCGGUUUGGAAUACUACUUCUUCCUUUUCCUAUAAAUAACCCAACACUGACCGACUCUUUUGCUCCACGCAUCGUAUCAUUUCAAUCCAUUUCAAAUAUCUUCUUGAGUUUUCACAUCACUCGAAAAUGGGAAUCUGUCUGUCAUCUAACCGAAGAGAGUCCAAUUCUCCACCGACGGUGAAGAUCGUGACGGUUAACGGCGAUCUCCGAGAAUACAACGCUCCGGUGCUAGCAUCUCAGAUCCUGGAAGCCGAAUCAGCAGCUGCUCCAUCAUCAUCUUCUUCCUUUAGACCUUCCUCUUACUUCAUCUGCGACUCAGAUUCUCUCUGCUACGACGAUUUCAUUCCGGCGAUUGAAUCGGAGCAACCGCUUCAGGCCGAGCUGAUCUACUUCGUCCUCCCCAUCUCUAAGCGUCAGAGCCGUCUAACGGCGUCGGACAUGGCGGCUCUCGCCGUGAAAGCAAGCGUCGCGAUGCAGAACUCCGUGGGGAAAGAAUCUCGUCGGCGUAAGAAGGGGAGAAUCCAGCCGAUGAUGAUGCUUACUCAGCCUAACGAUUCCGUCGCCGCUGUUAACGGGAAAGCAAGCGAAUCGACGGUUAGGAAUAAAACGGUUCCGUUAAAUGUAUCGAGCGGUUAUAACCGGUCUGGUUCGGUUCGUAGUUUGAGAAGAUAUACUUCUAAGCGAGCAAAGUGGGCGGUUCGAUCUUUUAGGUUGAAACUUUCAACCAUACACGAAGGCGCCGUCGUUUAGAUUCGUUAUAUAACUCGUUAACUUUUGUUUGUUUGUAUAUAGAAUAUGUUCCCAAACAAAGUAUGCAUAUGAUUGGCUAUGUUUCUAUAAUUAGACAAUCAUAGUUUACAACUAUACGUAAGGUUAAUAAUACUGUGGUAAGAUAAAAACCUUUAAGGUGGUUGUUUGUAUGAAAUGUUUUAUAUGGGUUGUCUUCCAUACGUUGAAAGUAUAAUCUGAAGCUAAAUUACUUGUAACGUUUAAUUGCUAUUUAAAUUUAAACUGAGCAUAUCAAGUGGGUAGUAUAA